UCAGCCUCAGCUCCGGUAACUCGCUGAAGUGCCGCCGGGAUGAAGCGGCAACGUUUCCGUCCUCCGGUGCGCGGCAGAGAGAGGAGAGCGGAGUGAGAGCGCCUCCUUCCACCCGCACGUUUCUCUUUGCGUUUCGCGUUUUUUCGCUUAUCGGUUUGAAAACAGCUCCUGUGCACCUGAGUGACGCUCAGCCCGCAGCAGGAGGAGCGGGGCGAGAGCAAGGCUCAUGUUUCACGCCGUGUGUUUGCGUGGAUUCGCCUCUGCGGACGCCGCCGUGCUGACCCAGCCUUCCUCCGGACUUCACGCGAGGACCUGUGGAUUCUUCACUCAAACUUUGUUCCACGCUGUCGUCUCUCUGGUCGUCUGUCAUUGAUCAGAUGUUUCCUGGAGGUACAGCUGCUUCUGCAGGCAGGACGCUGAGAGCUGGUGAGUGUCUGCUCAGGUUUCCUCUCACUCAUCUCCACAUCUGCUCAGAUGAAGCAGGGAGGAUGUGAGGUCACACCCUGAACCAAACGUUUCUCCAGUUGCAUCAUCAGGAAUUUUGUUUUCCUUGGAGGACCGAGGAACUCAGAGAACUUUAACGACUUCAAUGGGAGAAACCCGAAACUGCCACAAAGAAGGAAACUAUCCUAAAACCAGAACUAGGUGUUUGCUCUCUGGUGAAACUCUGAGAACCCAUCUGAGGAAUUCAGGGAGACCCUGGAGGUUCUUCAGUUCAUACUGAGAAGAAAGUGAGUGAAACUAACGACACACCUGAAUUAUCCUCCUGGAAGAACCUGCAGCAUUACCUCAGGGGAGGGAGGGAUGUGAAGAGAGCUUCUCAGACACUGAGCUGAAACUCUAAAACUAAACUUUAACCAGAGGAACUACAUGACAACCCAGGAGGCUUCUGAAGACGCUGAAAGACUCCGAAGCUUCCUGAAGGUCUUUCAAAUUGUUUACGUGACCCCCGAGAAAUGCUGAAUGUGGCAGAAGAAGCAAAGUGCAGGUGUACCAAAGAUCCUGGGUUGCUGUAAAUGGCUCAUAGACUAACACUUUGACCAAUCAGGAUGAGCACUUCAAGGAUCCUGAAGAUCCAUAAAAACAGGAAACUCUGAGGAGGAGGUGCUGUGCAGAAACAUGACUUUUGGAAGUCAAAACUUUUAGGUGCUCAAAAUCCUCAAAGACUCCAGAGGAUUCGAAGAGUCGAGUUCUUUAGGAGAAGAAGGUAUUCCAGUGGAACCUGAGGGCGUACCUCAGAUAGUUCAAAAGAACUCCUUGUGGAUCCCCCGAAGGACAGAUGGGGACCUUGCGGGACCUCCAGUAUGCCCUGCAGGAGAAGAUCGAGGAACUUCGGCAACGCGACGCCCUGAUAGACGAGCUGGAGCUGGAGCUGGACCAGAAGGACGAGCUGAUCCAGAGGCUGCAGAAUGAGCUGGACAAGUACCGCUCGGUGCUCCGGCCCGCCACCGCCCAGCAGGUCCAGGCGCAGCAGCAGAGCCUCGUCCUGCAGCCGGACCAGCACCGCAGCAAGCGGCAGGCCAUCUCCGCCGAACCCACCGCCUGUGACAUCAGCGACCUGUGCCAUGUGACCCUGCCCUUCUACCCCAAGAGCCCAGAAUCGAAGGAGCUGAUAAAGGAGGCCAUCUUGGACAAUGACUUCAUGAAGAACCUGGAGCUGUCUCAGAUUCAGGAGAUCGUGGACUGCAUGUACCCGGUGGAUUAUGGGAAGGACUCGUGCAUCAUUAAAGAGGGUGACGUGGGCUCGCUGGUGUUUGUGAUGGAAGAGGGGAAGGUGGAGGUGACGAAGGAGGCGAUGAAGCUGUGCACGAUGGGACCGGGCAAAGUGUUCGGAGAGCUCGCCAUCCUCUACAACUGCACCAGGACGGCGACGGUGCAGACUCUGACCCAUGUGAAGCUGUGGGCCAUCGACCGGCAGUGCUUCCAGACCAUCAUGAUGAGAACCGGACUCAUCAAACACGCCGAGUACAUGGACUUCCUGAAGAGCGUUCCCACCUUCCAGAGUCUUCCCGAGGAAACUCUCAGCAAACUGGCGGAUGUCAUGGAGGAGACUCAUUAUUCGGAUGGAGAGUACAUCAUCAGACAGGGAGCCCGAGGAGACACCUUCUUCAUCAUCAGCAAAGGGAAGGUGAAUGUGACCCAGGGGGAUUCAGCCACCCAGCAGCCGAUACACCUCAGGGAGCUCGUCAAGGGAGACUGGUUUGGAGAGAGAGCACUACAGGGGGAGGAUGAUGAUGUCGCCGACAUUGUUUCUGUUUCCCCGCGGACCUGCCUGGUCAUCGACAGAGACUCAUUCAAGCAUCUGAUUGGUGGCCUGGACGACGUCUCCAAUAAAGGCUACGAGGACGCUGAACUCAAAGCCAAGUACGAGGCGGAGAACGCCUUCUUCUCCGGUCUGAAACUCGCUGACUUCAACAUCAUCGACACGCUGGGAGUCGGAGGCUUCGGACGCGUCGAACUGGUGCAGCUGAAGAGCGAAGAGGCAAAGACGUUCGCCAUGAAGAUCCUGAAGAAGCGUCACAUCGUGGACACGAGGCAGCAGGAGCACAUUCGCUCUGAGAAGCACAUCAUGACCGAGGCGCACUCGGACUUCAUCGUCAGGUUGUACCGCACCUUUAAAGACAGUAAAUAUCUGUACAUGCUGAUGGAGGCGUGUCUGGGCGGAGAGCUGUGGACCAUACUGAGAGACCGGGGCUCCUUUGAAGAUUCCACCACCAGGUUCUACACGGGCUGCGUGGUCGAAGCGUUCGCCUACCUGCACGCCAAAGGCAUCAUUUACAGAGACCUGAAACCUGAAAACCUCAUUCUGGACAGCCGAGGAUACGCCAAGCUGGUGGACUUUGGCUUUGCUAAGAAAAUUGGUUUUUGUAAGAAGACGUGGACGUUCUGCGGGACGCCGGAGUACGUCGCUCCAGAGAUCAUCCUCAACAAGGGUCAUGACGUCUCUGCUGACUACUGGUCUCUGGGUAUUCUGAUGUACGAGCUGCUGACCGGCAGCCCUCCGUUUUCAGGUCCAGAUCCAAUGAAGACCUACAAUGUCAUCCUGAGAGGCAUCGACAUGAUCGAGUUUCCAAAGAAAAUCACCAAGAACGCCGCCAAUCUCAUCAAGAAGCUCUGCAGGUAGGGGGCGCUGUCUGAGCCACAGUUCACUGUUUUCAUCUCCAGGAAAAGUAUCUAACCACAGCUGUGC